AUGGUCUCCGCAAGAGACCUGGCCAAAGAGCUCAGAGACCCGCAAAGCUCGUCUGGAUGGGAGGACGCCGAGUCGACGCGAAGUGCGCGCAGGUCGAAUCCAGUGCCAGAGCGGCGUUCGUUGCGAGAGGUGGAGGAUGAAGAGGCUGAGUCGUCUGGAGCGUCUGGAGCGUCAUCGAGGCGGGGUGCUAGCAGAUCAAGUUCAGAGAUAGAGCCGGAGCCAGAGCCAGAGCCGCAUUCGGUGCAAAAGGAAAAGGAUGAAGAGGUGGAAGCUAUAUGGCGCAAUAUCAAGAAGGCUGGAGAACAUAUUGAUCGAGUGAUGAAAGAUUCAGACGUCAUACAGAAGAAGAUCACCGACCUCGCAGCAGACCAGAGCGCUCGCAUAAACCGUGGAGAUGAGCCCUCAUCACGCAUCGACGCCGAGAUCGACACCCUCUUGAGGGAAAACAUCAAGAUCACCAACGAGCUCUCAGGCUACGUCAAGCCCUCUGAAGGUGGUAACGACAUCUGUAGCCAACUGACUCUUCUCUCCGCCCUCCGCAAUGCCGAAGACUCGCAACCAUCCGCAUCCCGCGCCCCCAGUGUUGGCCACGGCAAAUCCGGCCGCGACCGCCAUGGCAAGCGAAAAGCGACUAACGACCUCGAAGAUCGCGAAAGCAUCGUCGCCGACAGUCCGGCCAGCGCAAGUCCCAAGGUCGUCAUCAGCCAGAAAGACAGACUCGUCGCCAAGUCGGGGAGUAGUAGAGCGGGCUCGGUGCCUGCGGCUCGGGAAACGAGCGCGAAGUUGGAGGAUGACAAGGACGAUUCGGGUAAGGACCCAAGUAAAUCCCGCCUCUCCCCCUCGACCGAAGUCCUCUACCGCGACCCCAAGAAACGCACAAACACCGAGGGCGAAGGCAUCCUCUGCCGCGUCACCUCCGUCAUCGGCGAGGGCAAACAGCGCCGCUACGAAAUCAUCGACGCCGAUCCAGACCCCCCUACGCCCAGCGUGCCCUACCGCGCGUCUGUAAAUCAUCUGGUGCCGAUUCCGCCGCCGAGCUCGAACACGACGUUGCCGGAUUUAAACAAGGGCAAGAAUGUGCUGGCGUUGUAUCCCGGCACGACGACGUUUUACAAGGCGGAGGUUGUGGCCGGGUGGAGGGUAGUCGGAGAGGGGUUAGAGGUUGUGAGGCUCAGGUUUGAAGGGGAGGAUGAGGCGGAUCGGGAGAUGAGUGUGGAGAGGAGGUAUGUUUUGCCUGAUAAAUGAGGGGUGGGGAAUGUUGUUGGAUGCGAUCGCUGUGGGAGCUGGUAUUGUUGAUUUUUUUUGACGUUUUGAGUAUAUGGAGUUCUUGUGUUGACUUUGUUGAUUUGAAUUUGGAUAGUUGUUGAUAUUGAGAUUUAUUGUGUUUAUC